AUGAUUUCAAUCCUAUAUACAUCUCCAAAAACACAACAAACAAAAAUUGUUCUGUAUGAACAGAUCUCGACCCCUGUUGUAUUCCUAGAUCAGACACUUUUGGUUUUCGAUAUUGAACAAAGCAAGAAUGCUUCACAGACGAUUAAUAUAAGCCGAGUACCAAAAGCAGGGCUAGUCUCUUUUCGAUUCCAGACCAAUGCACCAACAAGAUACAUUGUUAGUCCGAACUGCGGAGUGCUUGAAAACGACAAGCCUGUCCCAAUUAGGAUCGAGCUUGUAGAAAAUCGAUAUAAUCCUCAGCACAAAUUGAUAGUACAGGCAAUAUCAAUACCGACAAAGGAACAGUGGAAGACGAUAUGGGAAGAUCCCAAAAUCGAAGAACCAGGAGCUUUUCAAACGAUUUGGAUUGAACUGGGGACAACUCUAAUGAGUCUUGAGCAAACACUAAACCUUGCUGAUCCAAGUGAAUCAAAAGGGGUGUCAGUGGUGCAGUUACUAAAUGCGAGCAACACUAAAGGAGCUGGUAGAGUGAAAGAGUUACAAGAUUUGAAAGCGAUGUUACGAGCGGAUAAUGAGACGUUACAAAAAAAUGUCGAACAAACGAAGAACCUCAAAAACGUAAUCGAAAAGCAGUUGAAGGAAAGAACUGCGGAAGCAAAAGAACUACAAGAAAAAGAGGAAAAACUGACAGCAGAACAGGAUCGUCUAAAUGCGGAUUUGGCGCGAGAUGAAAGUGAGCUGAGAAUAUUGAAAGAACGACGAGGAGACAAUUGCAAGAUAAUUCCCAGCUUUCUGAAAGGCCUGUCAACAGACGCUAGGAAAGAAUACUAUGGUAUCCUAAGAAAAGCUAAUGAAACGAUUGCUCAGCAAAAACAACAAAUUCUGGAGUGGGCUGGAAAGCACAACGUAACGGAUAAAGUGAAAAAAUUCGAUGAAGAUUUGAAGAAACACCAAAUGGAAGUAAAGAAGAACGUCACUGAUGUAUUGAGUGCACUACCUAAAAUCCAUGAACAAUUUUUGAAGAUUGUAGAGGAUGAAAACCAAUCUCACAAUCAGAUGAGGCAUAAAAUCGAAGAACUGGCCAGAAAUCACACUAAGGAAUUUGAUGCUUUAAUGUACAUUUCAACUCAUCUACAUGUGCACCAUCGUCGUCAUCAUAAACGACAUGUUAAAAAACAUUCCAAGAAACAUGCUAAACAUUAUAAGUGAAGGAGAUUUCUUUCGUGGAAGGAGGCCAAUCUUGUCAAUCAACAAAAUUUAUGAUUAUCUGUUUGAAUAAAUCGUCACGGUUCGAUGUUUAUAGGAAACGUUCUUGAAAAUUUCCGGACUUUCAAAGCUUAACGAUUAUGUUCAAACUACUGGAUAAAACUAACAAGGGAAGGAUAUUAACUUAGAUUCCCCUUUUAAAAUGUGACACAUAAAUUUGGAAU